AUGGCUCAAUCAGAUAACCCUCCGGAGAGCGAGACAACCGUCACUCUCCUGCUAAUGGGCGACGCAGGAUGCGGCAAGACGACAUUUUUAUCGUGGGUCGACAUUCCUAAUUCGAUUUCUCUAUUUGCGCCCAAUGCUAAUAUCGCAUGCAGCAGCCUCAAGCACGGAAGGAGAGCAACACCGGCUCAUCCCGGCGUCACGGGAGACAGCAACGAUGAGACCCUCCGUGACACUGACCAGCCCUUCAUAUAUGACAUCCGAUUCUCGAAGAAGAAGUUCACGCUAGAGGUGUACGACACGUCCAAUCCGAACCAGCAUUGGACGACUCUGCGGCCUGAUGUGGUAGUCCUGGCAUUUGAUAUCUCGAACCGAGAGACGCUGGCAGGCCUAACAGCGUGGAGACACGAUGUCAUUCGGUACUUCCAGCAUGGUCAUGGCGAGCGCCUACCUGUCAUGAUGCUGGGUUUGAAGAGAGACUUGAGGAAAGAGGGCGAGGGGAUGAUUUAUCCACAAGAGACUUACCGCAUAGCGCAGGAACUCCGUUGUGAUCGGUACGCGGAGUGUUCGGCUGUUACGGGUGAGCUGUUGCCGGAGACGUUUGAGGAUCUCGCGAGACUGGCGGGGAUGACGACGACGGAAAAAGGCGGCCAGUCUGAGGGCGGGUGUAUCAUUUUGUAG